AAGCUAGGUAACAGCAGAGUACAUUUUUUACGAAUAUGUGGCACAUUUGUAGUGCAACAACAAUGCAAAUGAACUUGGCAUUCAUUUGAACAAUUUCACCAUGCAGUCGGGUGUACAGUGAAGCCACCUCGAGUCGAUGGUACUUCCUUUAUAGUUUUCAAGGUAUGGAUGCUACUCAGAGGAUCUGUGACUCAAUAUUGGAGUCAGAUGAGGAGGAUCAUGAAGAUGAGAGUGAAAAUAAGAGGGGACGACCAUUGGCUAAACUGUACAUCUUAAAAAAUGCACACAUACCUGAGACAGAGGUUCCUCUCUUUUUGGGAGAAAACGUCCUGGGCCGUGACCCCAACACCUGCGCCGUGCCCCUGAUAGCACCCUCAAUUUCGAAGCAGCACGCCACCAUCUGCCUCUCAGUCUACAGGAAAAGAGGACGUCACAGUGAAGUGGACAUAGAGGCUUUGGUUUGGGACCAAGGGAGCAUGAAUGGGACCCGCAAGGGCCAAAAGAAGCUGACACCUAAUGUACGCUAUGCCCUCAGUGAACGUGACAGCUUGGUGGUGGCAGACAUCCCAUGUCAGUAUGUGAGCUGCGCUGAAGAUGCUGUUUCCUCUCAAGGGGAUGCGAGGACUCCUGUGAGCAGACAUUCAGGGGAAAAGGCCACGCGGCUACAUGCCACAAGCACAAGCGGCAAGAAAUAUGUCAACGGUGGUACAAGAGCUAGGGUGUCAUUACCUGAUCAGGAGGACACCAUGAAGACCCCUGGCGUAACCACUGUCCUGUCCUUUGAGCAAACCCCAACCUACCCAGAAGGGAGCCUGGUCCCGGAGUCUGAUUCGGACUCAGACGGAGAAACAGGGCAAAGAAGGCGCAAAGCAAUAGUGUCCGAUUCUGACUCCCAUAAAUCCAGUCCCAGAUGUUCAACAUUCCUGAGUCCCACAAACAAAACCGUCCCUGAAAGGUAA